CCCUCCUCCGGCUUCGCGCUCACCUGGAGGGGGUCCCCUCUAGCGGCCGCACCAAGAACGUUGGAACAAACCCCGCUCUCGCUCUCCGGAGGGCUCAGAUCCUCGCAACAACCCCCUGAGAGGGACGUGGAGCUCAUACCCAUUUUACAGAUGAAGAAAUGGCAUUUGGGCAGAAACCCCCAAGGAGGAGAAAGUAGCCAGAUUUGGUUCAGAUCUGGAGGCAGAGAGACUCAGAGGGAACACCCGAGAGCAGAACGAGGUGCUUAGAAGAACACGUGAUAGAGUUGUUCAUCAAACAAAUGGAACAUGUCGCAGAACUUUGCUAAGAUGGAUGACUCAACACACAAAGACCAACACCCUGGCAAAAAACAUUCCAGCAAGGCCCACAAAGUACAGAAAGGUUUUACUGCUGCACAUCCAGCACAAUCCUCCUCCAUUCCUUUUAAGAACCAGACUUCAACAAUUCCAGAAUCAGAAAAAAAGGGAUUCAAUAGUCAAGCCAAAAGAUUUUAUUAUAAAAAGGAUAAUAUCCCGGGUCCUGGCUUCUACGAUGUCAUUCACCAAUCUCCGGUGUUCAACAGUGUCUCGCUGUCCAAGAAAGGGACGUGCACUUUUCCCUCUAUGCGUGCCCGACUGGACACCAUCAUUUCUAAAUACCCUGCAGCUAACGCGUACACUAUCCCAUCACAUUUUGUUUCGAAGAAAGACUUCAGUAAUUCCUGUUCCAGCAUGUUUCAGUUGCCAAGUUUUGCGAAAGCCCUCAAAUCUGAAACUCCUGCACCAAACCAUUACAAUGCCUCUGUCUCUUGCUGCAAGCAAAGAAACAACGUCUGUGCCCGAGCCGGGUUUAUGUCCAAAACCCAGAGAGGAUUUUUCACUAUCACUGACACAGGACCUGCCCCAGGGCAUUAUAAUAUCAACGAAUCCCUCGUGAAGCAGUCGCCAAAGGUAUUGACAUCUUGUUUUAAGUCAAAAACUGGACGUGGAUUAAAACUGACAUCAACAGGCCCAGGACCUGCUUAUUACAACCCCAAUGACCACAUCAAAAUUCUGAAAAAGGCUCUUUUCCCGUUCGAAGGCUCACAGGGCUUACUUAUUCCUCAGAUGGUUCUAGAACUUCUGGAACUAACUGCCAGGUCAGUCUGCCUGUCGCCAUCUGAGGCCUCACCCGGGUAUAGUCCUCUGCAGGCAGGAUUGGCCACUGGGCGGGCUGACCUGCAGAAGACCCCUCCAAAGAGGAGAAACCCCCUCCUGAACUUCUCUGCCCAGCCUUCGCCCCUGCCCCCGAAGCCGCCUCUUCCAGGCCCCGGUCAGUACGAGAUCGUGGACUACGAGGGGCCCCCCAGACACUUCACCUCCAGCGCAUCGUUUGCGUCCAACACCAGCCGGUGGACAGCAGCCCCGUCCCAGCCAGGCCUGCCCGGCCCAGCCACGUACAAGCCAGAAUUCCCUGGAAAACAGUCCUUUCUCUACAACGAGGACAACAAAUGGAUCCCAGUGUUGUAGGGACCUCACACAAGCUCGGGGAGAACCCUGGCCACCAGCCACCUCACCCAGGCUCCCCAGGACGUUCAUUCAGAGAAUGCCCAUCUCGUGUGUGACAGACGACGACUUGGAGGGCAGAUCUGCCCCUGCCCCCCCGUCCCCGUGGCUGGCGUGGAGCUGGGAGGCUGCGUUUGUCAUUGUCUUGAACUGCCUCCUGGAGAUUGGACACCCGCCUCCACUGACUCCAGUGGUUCCCUGAGCAGAAAUGAGGGGUGGACCGAGCCCUCCUUGGUUACCUGCCAUGCACCUGCCCGUGCUGGGACGUGCAGUCCUCCCCGCAGAUGUAAGAGGUUCCUGAAGCUCAGGCUCGAGGGAGAAGCCUGACA